CUUACGUUCAUUGGGCCUCCACCAUCUGCAAUCCGAGAUAUGGGUGAUAAGAGUGCAUCAAAGAGGAUCAUGGGUGCUGCCGGCGUCCCGCUUGUUCCAGGCUACCAUGGGGCCGACCAAGAUAUUGAGUUGUUAAAACUUGAGGCUGAUAAGAUUGGAUAUCCAGUUUUGAUAAAGCCAACCCAUGGUGGAGGGGGCAAGGGGAUGAGAAUCGUUCAAGGGCCUGAUGACUUUGUGGAUUCUGUACUGAGUGCUCAACGUGAAGCGGCGGCAUCAUUUGGUAUAGACACGCUGUUGAUCGAUAAGUAUAUUACUCAACCCAGACAUAUAGAAGUCCAGGUAUUUGGUGACAAACAUGGAAAUGCUAUACACCUUUACGAGAGAGACUGUAGUCUACAAAGAAGGCAUCAGAAGAUUAUCGAGGAAGCACCAGCUCCAAAUGUGACAACAGAGUUUCGGGCUCAUAUUGGUAAAGCUGCAGUGUCUGCUGCGAAGGGUCACUUAUUGGAUUCUUUGUGUUGAAGGCAGUUGGUUACUACAGUGCUGGAACAGUGGAGUUUAUUGUGGAUACUCUUUCAGGAGAAUUCUAUUUCAUGGAGAUGAAUACUCGACUGC